AUGUCCGCCACUCCCCUUACCGCUUAUAUCACAGAUCCGUUCAAAGAGUCAGCAUCGGCAUCAGCUCCUCCUACUCAAAUGAAGUUUGGUCUCGAUCCUUCACCAUGGUCGUCUGCUUCAUCUUCGUACACCUCCGAUGGCGCCUCCGAAGACGCAGACAGUGAGAGCAGCAGCUGUCCCGAUGAGAUGCUACCCGUCAGCACCGCCUGCAAGUUAGUUGCCAGCUUAACCGUACUUCGCGAGUCCCACAGCAAUCCUGAUAGUCCUUACUGUCUUCCUGCCGAUAACGAUGAAAAGCUCCGGCUUGACAAGCAGCAUAACUUUAUCCGAGACCACAUCUGCAACGGCCGCUUGGUGUUGGACGAAGCUCUUAAGCUUGAAAAUGGCUCAGUUGUUCUUGAUCUUGGUACAGGUUCCGGCGCUUGGGCGUCUGACUUGGCACAAUUUCUGCCUGACGGCGUUGAAAUUCGAGGCUUCGACAUUAGCAACCGCCUCUUCCCACCCAACGCACCCAACGUAACUUUUGCCGUCGGCAACGUACUCGAGCUGCCAGACAACCUUCGUUCGAGAGUCACGCUCGCACAUCAGCGUCUUCUCAUUUACGCACUUCGCCGCCAUGAAUGGAGCCGUGCCAUUAGUUCUAUUAAAAAUACUCUUAUCCCUGGUCAGGGCGUUGUCCAGCUCACUGAGGUUUUCACCCCUGCCAAUAAUCCUGGUGCCGCCCAAGAAAAGUUUCAGGCUUUGCUAUCUUCUAUUGGUCACAAGCGUCAGCUUCUUCUGGAUUGUGGCGAGCUUCUACCGGCUCUCCUUUCAGAGGCCGGCUUUGUUGAUAUCAAGAAAAGGACCGUUAAGAUCCGACUUGGCAGCGCUGGCGGCCUGAAAGGCAUAGAAGUGGCUGCUUGCCGAAGCGGUGCAUUCCGCGGCAUGCGCGAUAGCGUCUUACUUGACGGCGGUUACGGAAUCAUCAACAGCGCAGAAGAGUUUGACAAGCUUCUUGAUCAAGUUUUGAUCGAAUGGGAAAUCAACGAUUGCUACGCCUUCUAUUUUACGAUAACGGCUCGCCGUCCAGCUUUGGACUUCACUGCACCGCUAUCAUCGCUCAGCAUGCCCGAGAUUUUCAACUUUCAAGUCAAGCACAGUAGCCACCUGCCGUUCUAUCAGUACUCCGAGGGCCAUGCCGCCCCCACUCUCUGA